AGCGCAUUCGAGCAGCUACGGUGAACAAUACGUACUAGUCAAACAGACGGUUCUUUUGUUGUUCAGACAUGUCUGGAAGAGGUAAAACCGGCGGAAAGGCCCGUGCGAAGGCCAAGUCUCGUUCAUCCAGAGCUGGACUUCAGUUUCCAGUCGGACGUGUACACAGACUGCUACGCAAAGGAAACUACGCCGAGCGCGUAGGCGCCGGAGCUCCCGUGUAUUUGGCAGCGGUCCUGGAAUACCUGACGGCUGAGAUCCUCGAGUUGGCCGGGAACGCAGCCCGAGACAACAAGAAAACAAGGAUCAUCCCCCGCCAUCUGCAACUGGCUGUACGCAACGACGAAGAGCUUAACAAGCUUCUAGGCGGUGUUACCAUCGCCCAGGGUGGUGUGCUUCCAAACAUCCAAGCGGUGCUGCUGCCUAAGAAAACCGAGAAGCCAGCCAAGAGCAAGUAAAUGGGGCUUGAAUAUUCAGGACAUUGACACGAACCAUUUUGUGUCCAAGUAAUAUUUUGUGUUCCCUGAUUUGCGUUCUAUUGUGUUUGUUUAACGAAGACACAAGCUGCAUCUUGUAAACGGUUUUAGUUUAGUUUUUUUGGUGUUGAUAAUUGUUCAUUUUGGACAGUUCCCUGUGAAGAAGGCCAACGCACACUGACGCACUCCCUGACAGAACUACACCAUCACUGGCUAAAAAUGGUCAUGGGACUCUUAACCUGCCAUUACGGCGGACUAUAUUUAGUAAAUCUGCGAAAUCAAACCUCCAUUUGUGGGGGAAUGAAGAUCACCAAGUAUUCCAUUGUAUAUGGACCAAUGCUUAUUACAUUAUAUUUGUGCUUUGAAUUACAUGCGAGUCAUGUCUUAUCUGCUGUUCAGUGGUUAUGUUGUUUCAAUAAAUGUAAAGUGCCAGUGGAAGCACAAAGACCUUGUGA